AAAGCUAACAUUCAAGAAACUACGCAGCGAGCUACGAUUUCAAAUCGCUAUAGCAUUUCGUUUGAUAUUUUUGAAAGCGCGGCCUUUUCUGAUCCAUGAGCAGGUGCAGCGAAAGUUAUGAAGUAAUAUGAACACAUUCGGCAAUACUGCAUAGGCGACAACCGACAACAAAUCAACAAAUCAGCGCGGGAUUUCGCUGAUCUUGGGUUGGGAAGUUGAUAUAAUAGACGAUAAUAAGCGCCCUAAACCAAAACAACAACAACAUAGACGAUAAUAAGCAAAUACCUAACUAGAAGUAGGCAAGCAAGAUACGGACGUGUCAAUUGCUGAUAGUGAUACAGCACAAUGCCGAAGAGUGAAAGAGGGUCCUGAGAUAUGACCUGAAGGCUGAAGCUAAAACAUAAAGAGAUGUCCAAGAAGUUGAAGUGGUCUAUUCUGAUCCGAUUUUGAAUUAAGUAUUGGUAUAGGUAAACCAGAAUGGAUUCUGAUGCAGAUAGCAAUAUGGCUGCUGAAUGCGGAAGUGAAGGCUUCAUUUGGGAACAAUAUUUGGAAGAUUCUGAAUUGGGAGCUGCAGACUCAUCGGUAUUUAAACAUGUUCAGCAGGAUGCACCCACCUACUCAGUCGGAGAUGUGGUGGAGGUGGUGGCAGGUGGCGGUGAAUCGGUCUGGCCUGCCACGGUCACCAUGGUCUGUGAUGGUCUGAUCAGGGUGCGGUACCUGGGCAGCAGCGGCUCGGCUGGCGAUCUCUGGUGCGACGCGGCCGGCUCCCGGCUACGACCGCUCGGGUGGAGCCGGCAGCAGGACGUACCGACGGUGGCGCCGCCUGGAAUCUCAGCCGACGAACUACCAGAGGGCGUUACGGGUCUGAAACAGGAGCAGGGGGCGCCACCAGUCCGGACGUGUGGAGUGGAUCUGGAGCGGAUCACCGAGGGGAUGAAGCUGGAGCUGCUGGACGAUAACGAGCCGUACCACGUCUGGACGGCCACGGUUCUGGAGCGGUGCGGGGUCCGCCUGCACCUGCGCCGCGACACACUGGAUAACACGCCGGACCUCUGGUUGUGCGCCAACUCUCCGCGAGUCCGACAUUUCGGCUGGACGGGCCGUACCGGCGCUCCGUUCGUGUACCGGCCGCCGAGCUCGUGUGCCAACGACCGUACCGAGGCGGAGUGGCAGGCCAUUCUGGAGAUGAGCCGGGACGAGGCGCGUCAGAUGGCCGUCGACGACUCCAUACUGCCGCACGUCAAGUUCGAGUUUCCCACCAAGCACUCGCUGACCGUGGGCUGCCGACUGGAGGCCGUGCACCCGGACCGCACGGCCAUCUGCCCGGCCUCUGUGGUCGCCGUCAUAGACUCGUACUUCUUCCGUGUGCAAAUAGAUGACUCCACCGUCUCGUGGCUGUCCUCACUGGACGAUCCGACCAUCCUUCCGUUCGGUUGGUGCCAGGAGCACGGUCUGGACUGUUCCGGCGACGACCUGCUACCCUCCCGGGCUCCCUCCCCCGAGGAGGAGAAUACCACCCAGCCGACCUCCCCACUCCAGAACCUAUCCGAGGGAGCCGAGAAACUUCCGAACGGGGACGGACACCAAACAGAGGAGCCGGCGAUCAAACAGGAGAUAGAUGAUACACCGGACAGUCAGCAGACAGCUGAUAUAGCAGACAGCCAACAGACAGAGAACAUAGCGGACAGUCAACAAGCAUCGGAUCUCGGAGGCAGUCAGCAGACAGACGACAUAGCAGACAGCCAGGAGCCAGAUGGCAUACCAGACAGUCAACAGAAAGAAGACCUGUCAGACAGCCAGGAGACGGUGAAUAUAUCAGACAGUCAGCAAACAAUAGGUCUUCCAGACAGCCAGGGAACAGAAGAUCUGCCAGAUAGCCAGACGCCAGACGAGAUACCGGACAACCAGCACCUGGAAGAUGUGCAAGACAGUCUCCAUACCUUAGAUCUCCCAGACAGUCAACAGACAGUAGACAUAGCAGAUAGCCAGCAAACAGUGGAUAUACCGGACAGCCAGAUGAUGGAAGACAUACCAGACAGCCAGCAAACAUUGGAUCUCGCAAACAGCGAGCAGACAGGGGGCAUAUCAGUCACCCAGCAAGUCGAUCUGCCAGACUAUACCGAAGACGAUGACCCACUGCUCAGCCAACAGGCUGUGGAUAUUCCCGAAACCUCUGAGCCUGAUGCCAUGCUGGUGGAUAAUACGGGCCUGGGCCUGUCUGACAUUGAAUCGAUGGACGAUUUCCCAGACAGUCCGGUGAUGUCUCCGCUGUCUGAUUCCCGACAGGCAGACAACGGGCCGGACAGCGGGCGGACAGCGGAGCUGAGCGGGUCGCUGUCUGGCGGCGUGGUGGGAGAGUGGCUGCUCGAGGAGCCCGGUCAAGGGACGGACGAGCCGGCCGUGCUGGAUGGUGGCGAGCCGUGGCUCCAUCUCAGUCCCGUCUCUGAGGAGGUGCUGUCCCGGCCGCCGACGGGGACUGGCGAGCGGCGGACACCGUCCUGCGCCGCCAGUCCCGGCUCGCGGCCGCAGUCUGGUGCCGGUCCACCGCCGUCAGAGCCGAGCCCGCCCGGUGACGAUGUAUUACUGGGGGAGAUAACCAGCCCAGGGCUCAAUCAGGUGGAGCGGGAUAUUCCGGGCCCAACUGAGAUUGAGGACAGCCCUGAGCCCGUCGAAGUGGAGCUGUCACUCGGCUGUGAUCUCUCCCCGACGGCCACCGACGCGCAGUCGGAAGGCGGUGACGAUGUUCCUCCUGAGGACGUGCUCCUCGAGCUGGAGGAUGGAGAUGAUCCCGCUGAGGACGGCGAAGUCCCUCCGCCGGAGGACGUGCUUCUCGAGUUGUUGGACAGCAAUAACCCUCCGCUGGAGAACGUUGAUGACUCUCCAAUGGAGGAAGGCAAAAAUGCUUCACCAGAGGAUGGUGAUCAUUCUCCGUCGGAAAACAUACCCGCCGAGCCGGAGUCACCGAUUGAAACUGCCCUCCAUUCGACGGAAAACGAAUUGCUCUCGGUCGCUGAGGCUGCCCCACCGACAACCGACACAGAACCACCGUCUUCUGAUCUUCCUGCGGGUCUGGACGCCACUAUUGCCAGCGCUCUUCCUGAGGCUGUCGCCGCUCCGUUGCCAGCUAAUGAUGCCUCUAUCGUUCCUCAGCCUGUGGCUGCGGCGGGCAGCGCGGCAUCCCUAAUUACUGAGCCGCCGACGACCGGUGGUGUCUCUGCAAGCAGCGCGGCUCCCUUGAUCGAGACGGCGCCGCUUGAAGACACCGCAAUCCAGCACCAGCAGGAGAAGAUGGUCGACAGCUCCGCACCUGCUGUGACCGAUGCCCUUGUCGGCUCCCCCCGUGCCAGGACGGGCCCUGUCCCUGUGGAGUCCUUUGUGACUGUCUCGGCCGAUGGCGGGCGAAAGGAGGAUAACGACUCAUCUGCCGCCGGCUCUGGUCCCAGGAAGUCUCCUGCGGCGGGCUCCGGUCUAGAUCUUGUGGAGUCUGUGGUGGCAGCGCCAGCCGGUGGUAUAACACCAGAGGAUGUCUCUCCGGCCGUUGGGCCCGGUCCUUUGAAAUCUCCUUUGACUGCACCAAUCACUGGUGUGCAGUUGGAAAACAGCAGUUCCGCUGGCGCUGGGUCCGGUCCUGUGGAGCCUGUUGAGGCGACGCCGGCUGGUGGAGGGAGGACGGAGGAUAACGGCUCAUCUGCCGCCGACUCAUGUCCCGUGGAUUAUCAUGCGGUGGUGACAACGCCGGCCGGUGGCGAGCGGCCAAAGAACAGUUUUACUGGCGCCGGAGCUGGUCCUUUGCAGCCUGCCGAAACGACUCCGGUCAGUGGAGAACGGACGGCGGAAAAUGAGUCCUCCCGUGCUGACUCUGGUCCCGAUAAGUAUCUUGUGACUGCGCAUUCUUCAGACGAGCGGUCAGAAAACAGUCUCCCUGGCAACGGACCUGAUCUCAUCGAGUGUUCUGCGGCCAGCUCCGGUGUCGGUACUGAAGGUUCUUAUGUGACAGUGUUAGCCGGUGGCCGGAAGCAGGAAGACGACUCCUCUGGUGCAGAGCCCGGAUCUGGAGCAUCUCCGGCAGUCGGCUCCGGUGUCGGCGCUGAAGGUUCUUCUAUGACUUCGCCAGCCGGCCGUGCGCAAACAGAGGCUGACGACCGCUCAGCCGCCAAGCCCGAAUCUGAGAAGUGUCGACCUGUGGCCGGCGUCGAACUCAGUCCUAUUGAGUCUACUGUUACAGCUCCGGUCGCUGGGCCGCCGGAGGAGACAGGCUCAGCUAGCGCCGACUGCGGUCUCGUGAAGUCUCCUGUGGUUGGUGCCGGUCUCAGUCCUGUACAGUCUUCUGUUGAAGUACCGGCUGUUGAAGGACCACCGGAGAAAGACGACUCCUCUGGCGCCAGUGACGAUCUCAUGGAGUCUGCUACGGCGGCGCCGACUAGCGAUGCGCAACCACAGGAUAUCGUCUCCACUGCUGUCACUCCUGAUCCCGUGGAGCCUUCUGCUUUGACUGCACUGACCGCUGACGAGCCACCGGAGGUCAGCUCCUCUGCCGCCGGAUCCUGCCCUCUAGAUUCACCUGUGACUGUGUCAUCCAUUGGUGGGCCUACGGAGAAAAUAGACGCUUCAACCGCUGGACCCUGUCCGGUGGAUCCUCCCGAGACUGCGCCGGCCGCCGAAGAACCCCCCGAGGACGAUACCUCACGGCUUCAGUCCUCCGACCUGGCGGCCCAGGAGCCGGCGGACGAGGUCGGACUGGCCGCCGGCACUGCUCUGGAGCUGGUGGAUCCCGAGGCGCCCGACCAGCUGUGCGCGGCAGCCGUGCAGCGCACAGCCGGACACCUGGUGUGGCUACGGCUGCUCUCGGCGGCAGGCGCACCAGACUUCAUCUACCCGCACAUGAGCGACUCGCUGUUCCCGGUGGGAUGGGCGGCGUCCAACGGCGCAUCGUUCCAGCCGCCCCUCGACUGGGGCGACCGCCGCCCCCGCCCCCGCCCCCGCCCGCGCCGGCGACGCCGCUCGGCUGGAGACCGCCGCCACCGGACGCACAGCGCUGCGGACGGCUCGGCUGGGUCUGAGGCGGAGGAAGCUGAGCUGCCGGGUCCAGACAGUGCAGCCAGUACGUGGACGGGGCCUCUGUACGUCAACACGUCCUGCUGUACCGGCCCGCUGCUCAGCACCAACAAGCUGGUGGCGCAGCCAAGGGUGGUCGGAGCCGGGCCGGUGCGGCUGGUGGCCCGUGACCUGCUCACGCGGCUGGUCUGGGCCGGCUACCAGGAGAGCCGUGUGCUCAAACUGCUCCAGUCCACCGGCCCCGCGCGUCCCGGCUGGACCAACGACCUCAUUAAAGCCAAAGUGAACAACACCAUCUUCGGCGGUGUGAUGGAGCUGCCGCUGAGCCGACACCAGAUGGACGAGUUCUGCGCCAGCCUGUUCGCGCGGCUGCAGUGCUGUCCCGCGCUGGUGGCCCCCACCCGGCACCCGGCGGACGCGUGUCCGCACCGGUGUCGGACCACGCUGCGACUCGCCCAGCAAAACAGCAGGUCGGUGGAUCUGCCGCCGGGUGAGACGGGGCCGGCCCUGCUGCGGGAGCGACUGGGACCGGCCAAACGGGCGCGGCCCGACUACCUUCAUGCUCUGGAGCCGCCCACCCGGCGCCGACGGGGCAGGCGGCCCAAGUGGCUGGACGAGGCGGGUGGGGAGAGAGCGGCGGCGGCCCCGCGGAAGCCGCCCUCGCCCAAACCCGACCGGCCGGCGCUGUAUCAGGUGGCUCUGGAGAAGAGCCCGCGGCUGUGGGGCGCCACCGACCUGGCCCAGUACCUGAGCACUACCGAGUGCGCCCACCUGGUGCCCAGUCUGCUACAGCAGGAGCUGGACGGCGUGUCGUUCAUGCUGCUGACGUGGUCGACGCUGACGGAGGUGCUGCAACUGAGCGAGCGCGACGCGCUGGCGCUGUGCACGCACGUGUCGCGCGUCAAGUACACCUACUUCACGGCGUUUAGCGGGUGAGCGCCGCACUGUGACUGGCUGUUAACGUGUCUCGGUGUCUCCAUGGCUUUGUGCGCACGCCGUGUGGAUCUAUAUGACUGGUAAGCGGAGUUCGCUGCCAGCGCCGCUCGCGUUGCAGGUAUGGCCGCACGGUUUUAUCUGCCAAUCCGGGAACAUCUCGGUGAGAAGUCUCCCGAGGGGUUCAUCCAAGAGCGUGUACUUUAAUAAUGUAGUGGCUGUGGUGGAGACGACCCCGGUGCCAAGUCGCCGAGUGCGGCCCCGCGGGCGCCCCACGUGUGCGCUGGCGGCGGGCCAGUGCCCAGUGACUCUCCCCACGGUCCUGUCAUGCGCCCCGAUCUCAUCAAACGUCGAGCCAGUGCUGAUCAUCCUCAUCGCGUACUCAUCUGGGACAUAGAAAUGGCAAUAAAUACACGUCGACUGAAAAGAA